AUGGGAACGCUGACCGAUUUUGGACAGAUUGCUCUGAAAUGGGAUCCGAAAAAUUUGGAAAUUCGUACAAUGUCAGUUGAAAAAACACUUGAGCCUCUGGUACUACAAGUUACAACUCUUGUAAAUACCAAAGGGCCGAGCAAGAAGAAGAAAGGAAAAUCAAAGCGUGCCAGUGCAUUAGUUGCAGCUGUUGAAAAGGCAACAGAAAAUUUUAUUCAAAAAGGUGAACAGAUUGCGUAUGAGAACCCAGAUAUCACACAAGAAAUGUUAACCGCUGUGGAUGAAGUAAAAAAAACUGGAGACGCUAUGAGCAUUGCAGCCAGAGAAUUUUCUGAAGAUCCAUGCAGCUCGCUGAAGAGAGGCAAUAUGGUUCGGGCAGCUAGAAAUCUGUUGUCAGCUGUUACCCGUUUACUAAUUUUAGCUGACAUGGUAGAUGUUCAUUUGCUUCUGAAAUCGCUUCAUAUUGUUGAGGAUGAUUUAAACAAACUAAAAAAUGCAUCGAGUCAGGACGAGCUUAUGGAUAAUAUGAAGCAAUUCGGUCGCAAUGCUGGAGAACUUAUAAAACAAGCAGCUAAACGUCAACAAGAACUUAAGGAUCCCCAAUUACGGGAUGAUUUGGCAGCUGCUCGUGCAAUGCUUAAAAAGCACUCUACCAUGCUUUUGACCGCAUCAAAAGUAUAUGUUCGUCAUCCAGAACUAGACUUAGCAAAAGUGAAUCGCGAUUUUAUUCUGAAACAAGUUUGUGAUGCUGUGAAUACUAUCAGUGACGUUGCCCAAGGAAAGUCAUCCCAACCGACAGAUAUUUACAGCGGAGCAGGAGAGCUGGCUGCAGCAUUGGACGAUUUUGACGAAGGAAUUGUUAUGGAUCCUAUGACUUAUAGCGAGAAGCGAUCGCGUCAAUUGCUUGAGGAACGCUUAGAGAGUAUUAUUAGUGCAGCUGCACUAAUGGCAGAUGCAGACUGCACUAGAGACGAACGACGAGAAAGAAUUGUGGCUGAAUGUAAUGCUGUUCGACAGGCUUUACAAGACCUGCUUACUGAAUAUAUGUCAAACAUGAGUCAAAAAGAUAAUAGCCCUGGACUCUCUCGAGCAAUAGAUCAAAUGUGUCGAAAAACUCGUGACCUAAGAAGGCAAUUACGAAAGGCUGUUGUGGAUCAUGUUUCGGACUCAUUUUUAGAGACUUCAACUCCUCUGCUAGAUUUAAUUGAAGCUGCCAAGAUGGGCAAUGAAAAAAAAGUUCGUGAAAAAGCCGAGAUAUUCACUAAGCACGCUGAAAAACUCGUUGAAGUUGCUAAUCUAGUAUGUAGCAUGUCAAGUAAUGAAGAUGGUGUUAAAAUGGUUCGAUAUGCUGCUGCUCAAAUCGAAAGCCUUUGCCCGCAAGUUAUAAAUGCAGCCUCUAUUUUGACCGUACGACCAAAUUCUAAAGUAGCUCAAGAAAAUAUGACUACCUAUAGGCAGGCUUGGGAGGUGCAAGUUCGAAUUUUAACCGAAGCAGUGGAUGAUAUAACAACAAUUGACGACUUUUUGGCAGUAUCCGAGAACCACAUUCUUGAGGACGUAAAUAAAUGUGUAAUGGCUUUGCAAGUUGGAGAUGCCACGGAUUUGCGCGCUACAGCAGGGGCAAUUCAAGGCCGUUCCUCGCGAGUUUGUAAUGUUGUUGAAGCUGAAAUGGAUAAUUAUGAACCAUGUAUAUAUACCAGACGAGUACUAGAGGCCGUAAAAGUUCUUCGAGAGCAAGUUAUGAUGAAAUUCGAUCAACGUGUGGGAGCAGCAGUUGGAGCCCUUGCAAAUAGCACCAGUAAAGAUGUCGAUGAAAAUGACUUUAUUGAUGCUUCUCGCUUGGUAUACGAUGGAGUUCGAGAAAUUCGACGAGCCGUUUUAAUGAACCGAAGUUCGGAAGACCUUGACACUGAUACUGAAUUCGAACCAGUUGAGGACUUGACGUUGGAAACUCGAAGUCGAUCAAGUGCUCAUACUGGCGACCAAACUGUUGACGAAUAUCCGGAUAUCAGUGGCAUAUGCACAGCACGAGAAGCAAUGCGGAAAAUGACAGAAGAGGACAAACAGAAAAUUGCUCAGCAGGUUGAAUUAUUUCGAAGAGAAAAACUUACUUUUGAUUCUGAAGUUGCUAAAUGGGAUGAUACUGGAAAUGACAUUAUUUUUUUGGCUAAACAUAUGUGCAUGAUUAUGAUGGAAAUGACCGACUUCACCAGAGGACGCGGACCGUUAAAAACUACUAUGGAUGUCAUCAAUGCAGCUAAGAAAAUUUCAGAAGCUGGUACAAAGCUGGAUAAACUUACCAGAGAAAUUGCAGAACAAUGCCCAGAAAGCAGCACAAAAAAGGACUUGCUUGCCUAUUUACAACGUAUUGCCCUAUAUUGUCAUCAAAUCCAAAUAACGUCAAAAGUAAAAGCUGACGUUCAAAAUAUAAGUGGCGAACUUAUAGUAUCUGGGCUGGAUAGCGCAACAUCGCUGAUUCAAGCCGCUAAAAAUUUAAUGAAUGCGGUUGUAUUAACAGUAAAAUACUCAUAUGUGGCCUCGACGAAGUAUACUAGGCAAGGAACUGUGUCUUCUCCAAUUGUAGUAUGGAAAAUGAAAGCUCCAGAAAAAAAACCUUUGGUUAGGCCUGAAAAACCAGAAGAAGUUAGAGCAAAAGUUCGCAAGGGGUCUCAAAAAAAGGUUCAAAACCCUAUACAUGCAUUGUCUGAAUUCCAAAGUCCCGCUGAUGCUGUUUAAAAUUAAUUAUUUUCCCAUAUCCAUAAAUUAUUGGGAUUGUCUAUUUCAAAAGCGAUUCGGACGCUGCUACUUAUCCACUUUUAUCAAAAAACACAUUCUUAUAUUAACAUAUAUAAUAAUGAGUAUAAUAUAAUAACAUAUAUAAUUGACAUUAUAAUAAAAUAUUAAAAUAUACAAAAACAA